CCCCACCAACCGACGAGCGCGCCGAGGCCAAAGCCCGACGAGCCGAGGCCCGCGGGCGGAAGCGCUUCGCAUCUGUGACGAACCGAAGCGGCCCGAGCAACUCCGGCAGCCCGGCAGCCGCGCCGCCAACCAGCAAUCACGAUGGCAGCGGUCGGAGAGGAAAAAGGAGAGGACGCUCCGGUCGAGGCCCAAAAGUGGGAGGUCCCCGAGCCCAUGGAGAGCUGCUUGCGGAGCAUGGAGACGACGCACCGGACCAUUCUCAUGCUGCGGUGCAAAGUAGUUGUUGUGGGCGACGCCACAGUAGGAAAAUCAGCGCUCAUCUCCAUGUUCCACAGCGGCGGCGCCAGUUACCCGAAGCAGUACGUCAUGACGUCCUGGGUCGACUUUCGGGUCAAGCAGGUGGACAUUCCCGACACGUCGACGGCGGUCGAGCUUUAUUUGUUUGACUGCGCCGGAGACCCCGUCUUCAACCAGGUCGAGGAGAACGCGUCGCAGUACGACCAGGCCGGGUUCUUAUUUGUCGUGUAUGACGUGACGAAGGAGGAUUCGUUUGCGUCGUGUGCGAAGUGGAUCCAGGGAGUCAGGAAAGGGCGGGAGGACAGGUUACCGGGAGUGUUAGUUGCCAAUAAGAUCGACUUGGAGGAAAGGCGAGUCGUUGAUGAGCAAAGGGGCCGCGACUUCGCCAAGGAGAACGGCCUCGUGUACUUCGAGACGUCGGCUUUGCAAGGGAACUACGAAGGGCCGUUCAGACAUGUAGCUAUGGAGUUCGCGAAGAAGUACGAGGAGACCGUCGCGCGCGCGGAGGACGCCUAAGUAGUCUUAUGCUGGGG